UUUUAAGCGUCAUACAGUUAAGCGACGAAGCUGCAGCCUCCGUCAACCCUACAGAUAUAUAUUAUAUACAAAUAAGUGACUCCGGAUUUAAGCGGGCAUAUCAAACGUGCUUAGAAGCUACGGAAUCCAUGAUACACUGUUUGGUGUAGGUGUGUCUGCAGAGAUGGAUGUCGCUGUGCAAGAGGUAGACAUUCCGUCAGAAGACGGUACUCAGACAAAGUACUUCCUGCGUGUGGAUUGGAAGGGGCGGGACUUUGGCUGCGGCUUCAACAUCCUGCUGACUGACGGACAGCUUGCCUGGAAAGGAGAGGUGACGGGGGAUGUGUUGUGCAGCGAGGCGGAGGAGCUGGAGAUGCCGAAGGAGAGGUACGUCCAGGACCUCCGUCAGGCUCUGACCGGCACAGAGACCUCCGUCACGUACAACUUCUCCCUGACACCCCAUCCGACGGCCACCACCACCUCCACCAGCUGCACCACCACCACCACCCUGGCCUACGAGAAGGUGCAGAAGGACAUCUCGUUCCGGCUGGGUUCGGUGGAGCUGGGGGCCGUGGCGGAGCCGGUGGAGGCGGUGAGAGAGCUGCUGGAGCUGGGGGUCCGGAGGGCCGGCCGCCUGAAGCGACAGAACCACCGCCUCCAGCAGGAGAACCACAGCCUCGGCGAGGAGCAGAAGCACAUGACUGCAGAGCUGCGGCGGUAUGCCGAUGGGAAGCAGGCGCUGGAGGCGGAGCUGUUCUCCCGCUUCGUCCUGGUGCUCAACGACAAGAAGGCCAAGCUCCGCACACUGCAGCAGACAAACACCAGGAGUUCCGAAAAGCCGAGCAAAUCAGCCCAGAGCCCGGGCCAAGUAUCACACCAGGAAGAGAAGUUUGAGGAUGAGUACGGUGGCAGUACGGAGGAGGAGAAGGAAGAGGAGGGGAGAGGAGAGGAAGCUGCAGGCCCAGCCAACGCCACCUCGGCCUCCCAGGACGCCGACAGCGACUCCCUAUUGGCCGACGAGGCCAACGACAUCACGGACGUGGCGCCCUGCCGCAAGCGGCGCUUUCGCCACCUCGCCGCGCCGGUUGAACCCGUGGCCAAUCAGGCGCCCCCGGAGACGACCUCCAGACACAAACGACGCCGGGACCCUCCUGCUGGCGGGAGUGCGGCUGGGCCCCAGAAGACGCUGCAGCAGCGGCAGCAAAAGGCCCCGGGCCCCACGGGGAGCCCCUCCACGGAGGAUCUGUUCGACGACUUCUGAUCCACCAAGAUGCCGUCUUUUAUAAAAACUCUGAAAAUAAAAUGAGGUCUAUGAAUUCGUAUGAACACUAUUUACAAAUUGUAAGUGGAAAUGUUGACUUUUGGUGAUUCCUUAAUGGGUGAUUUUAAUAUGUAUUUAUUUGAGUCAGCGGGACAAUAAAGAUAUGUGCUGUUUGCAAUGGGAGCUGCCCAUAUGAAAUUGUAUAGGAUUUUACAAAAUACGUUUUUUUUCUAUGCAACCAUGUCUUUCAAAUCAAUAAAGUAAGUCUGCUUCUGUUUUGUCAAUCACA